CCGGUUCCGGGUAGGGGAGGAAGGUAAGCGAAGAAGCAUCCGGACUCUCUCGCUCGAGGGUAGGGCAGGGCAGGGCAGGGCAGGCGGCGAUCCGAAUCCAAUCGCCGGAGGGAGGAAGCCACCGGUGGCCGCAGUGAGGGCGGCGGAGGUAGAGGCAAAGGGAUGACGCGCGGGAAGCAGAAGAUCGACGCGCAGCGGCGUAACGCGGAGCGAAACCAGAAAUCCAAGGGGUCUCAGCUCGAGGCCCGCGCCGUCGGCCUCAAGAUCGUCUGCUCCAUCUGCAAGGUACAAUUGGCAAAUGAAAAACAGCUGACCGAUCACUAUGGAUCAAAGCAUCCAAAGGAGAAACCUCCGAGCACAUCGAGCACCGAAUAACCAUGGCUGGUCGUGACGCAGAAAUAUAGAUCCUGCUUGGCUGGUUUGAGGAUCUUUAAGUCCGUCUGAUCCAUGCCUUGGACCUCAACGUCAGUUAUAUACUCUCUAGUGUGUUCAUUUCCUCUUGUUUCAGGUAUUGUGUUGUCGUGCUGCCAAUGUGUCUCCAAACUGUAUGUGGUCACCAUGGCAUUGGGAUGAUGCGAAAAAAUUAUGAGCGUAUCCAAUGUUUGUGUGGCUUACAAGA